UCAAGGGCGGGAGAGAAGAAAGUCUGAUUCACCCUUUUCGUUUCCUCUCUAUUGGAAGCUCCUUCCUCUGCAAAACUUCCCCACUCUCGUCAUUUUCUCUAACCUCUACUUUCCUGCAUCAUUCAGAUAGGUUAUCAUGCCAAUUUCUGUAUUGAUUGUGUCAGAUUGAUGUUUGUUGGAAGUUCAGUAGUUUGUGCCGACGCUUGAUUGGUCUUUGAAGAAAGCAAUUCCCAGUGAUUUACUCGAGGCCAUGGGUUAUAUUGGGGCUCAUGGUGUAGCAGCCCUGCAUAGAUACAAAUACAGUGGUGUAGAUCAUUCCUAUGUCGCCAAAUAUGUUCUCCAACCCUUUUGGACUCGUUUUGUUAAAAUUUUUCCUCUAUGGAUGCCUCCAAACAUGAUAACUCUAACAGGAUUCAUGUUCUUAAUCCUGUCUGCUCUACUCGGCUAUAUUUACUCACCUCAUCUGGACUCACCUCCACCAAGAUGGGUUCACUUAGCUCAUGGAGUGCUUCUGUUUUUAUACCAGACGUUUGAUGCUGUUGAUGGGAAGCAAGCUCGGCGAACUAGCUCUUCAAGUCCACUGGGUGAAUUAUUUGAUCAUGGAUGUGAUGCACUUGCUUGCACGUUUGAAUCACUGGCUUUUGGGAGCACUCUCAUGUGUGGAAGAGAUACUUUCUGGUGGUGGUUAAUAUCUGCAAUUCCAUUUUAUGGUGCAACAUGGGAACACUAUUUCACUAAUUGCCUUAUACUGCCAGUUGUUAAUGGUCCCACGGAGGGUCUUAUGAUAAUAUACCUCCUCCACUUUUUUACCGCUGUUGUUGGUGCUCAAUGGUGGGCUCAACAAUUGGGAAAGUCCAUACCCUUUUUAAGCUGGGUACCCUUUGUAUGGGGAAUUCCAACAUGCAGGGCUGUCUUAUAUUUUGUGAUAAUUUUUGGUGUUAUACCAACAGUCUCAUUUAAUAUUCACAAUGUUUAUAAAAUUGUUCGAGCUAAAAAACAAAGAAUGCGGGUUGCGUUGGCAAUGCUUUACCCAUUUGUUUUACUAGUGGGAGGAGUUCUUUUGUGGGAUUAUUUGUCACCAUCUGAUAUCCUAGGGGACUACCCACAUUUAGUUAUAAUAGGAGCAGGACUUGCUUUUGGGUUUCUUGUGGGAAGGAUGAUUUUGUCCCACUUGUGUGAUGAACCCAAAGGCUUAAAGACUGGAAUGUGCAUGUCAUUGCUGUAUCUUCCCUUGGCCAUUGCUAAUGCACUAUCAUCAAGGCUGAAUGAUGGGGUUCCUCUAAUAAAUGAGAAAUUAGUUCUUCUUGGUUUUUGUGCAUAUUCAGUGACCAUUUAUAUGCACUUUGCCACGUCUGUCAUUCAUGAAAUCACAGCUGCCUUGGGAAUAUAUUGCUUCAGGGUGACUAGGAAAGAAGCUUAAAUUAGCUAAUGUCUUACAUUCGGUGACUAGUGAAUAGUGUCAGGGUUAUGGUCCUUGUAUUUUUUGUUGUGUUGGAAAUUUGGAAAACUCAUGAAGGAUUUAAAUCAUAUGUACUGGUAAUUUUUGUUUUUUCAGAUGGCAUGGAUGUUUAGUGAUGCUGCAGACACUUAAGCAUUGUAAAUUAUAUUCUAUCUUUUGUGAAUGUAAAUCUACAUAAAAUUUCUUAUACUUCGCCCGAAAGGAUGCCUGUACUCUGUACUUGCUUUUGAUCUGUAGUAGCAUCUGAUAUACUGCAUUUAAAAAAAAAAAAAACUCACAAAUAUAUUUUUGUAUAGGCAGAUUUCAGAUA